UUGGCUCACCUCUUCAUCCCAGCUUACUCAGACCUUGACAGCAUACACAACGGCCUCGAGGAGGAGGCCGAGCUCCCAGCGAGCAACAGCAUCAUCAUCAUCGCACUCGAAACCACGGCUGCCUGCAGUAUCUCUGGGUGCGACACUUACCAUCCUUCCACGCCGCGAGUGGCAAUCGUCAACACCUCAUCACACGCCGCACCCAUCGCCGCUCUUCUGUCAGCAUACGAGACUUAUUCCACACCACCAUGGUUGCCCCAUCACGAUCCCUCCUCCUUGCUGCCCUCGUUGCACUCGCAGGGACGGCCCACUCUUCCCCGACGAUCUCCAUCGAUUCGGUCCGCGAGCCCACUCUUCUGGAUCGCCUAGGCUCUCUCCUCUCCCCUCUCCUGCCCUCGGGCGGCGGAUCCAACAACUCACCAGACAAUGGUAACGGCGCCGAUCAAGGGCGUCGCAGCUGGGGCACCUCGGCGGCCUCGCUCAUCUGGGGAGAAGGAAGCCUUGAAGUCGUGCGAUCCCAAGCAGUCUACGCCACCCGACCUGCCGCCUUUGGGCCGCAUGUUACCGUCGACGAAGGGCUGCGCGGCCACUUGGUACCCAUUUCAGAGUACUGGAAGCCAAAGGACGUCAAUUCGUCGCAUCCUGCUGCGAAGCUCAAGCCCAUCUUUGGAUGCCCCGUUGAGGGUGGACCAGGGUGGAAGCCUCAACCCCCUUCCUCGCCCUCGCUGCGCGAUCAGGAUGACGAGGAUUACUGGCUGUCGACUCUCGACGAGAAUCCCGACGUACCUCGUCAAAGGGUCUUUGCUCCUCCCCCGCCACCAUCAUUGCGCGAAACUAAGCCAUCGCCGCCUGCCUCGACGAGCAAACCUCCCAAAGAUUGGAUCGCCUUAGUCUCGCGCGGUGAAUGCCCCUUCAGCAGCAAAGUACGCCUAGCCCAAUCUCUCGGCGCCGUUGCUGUUGUUGUGGGCGACACGGCCCCCAAGCGCUCUCCCGCUCGCCCUUCACCACCUUGGGGUUGGGAGCCACCGACUAUCGAUGACGAUGACGAAUUCCCGCGGCUGAUUACCAUGUUCGCCGAGGGCGACACGAGCGAUAUCCGUGUCCCUUCGACCUUCGUCACGUGGCGUAGCUUCGAAGAUUUAGGCCGCCAGUACGACGAAGUCGUGGCCGCGAGGCAUAAGGCUGCCGAAGGAAGCGCGGAUGCAGACGCCCCUGUCGGCUUGGAGAUCAUCUUGGGCAGGGACGAUGCCCUCUUCGAGUGGCCGCUGCUCAACCUUGCCCUCCUGCUCCUUCUGCUUCCUUCCCUCAUGACCUUCUCGACGGUCAUUGUCCACCGCGUUCGGCUGAUGCACAGGCGUAGAAAAGAGAGGGCACCCGAGCUCGUCGUCCUCAACUUGCCCUGCGCUACGUGGAGCAAGACGGGCCUCAAGUGGGAGCAGGGCAGCGGAGUUGGUGCUGCAGUGGGCGGGGCUGGCGAAAAGAAGUUGAGUAGGCGAGAGCAGCUGAUGAGGAAGUUACGACGCGGAGCUGGCACACGAUCAGGUUCUGAAGAGGCCACACCGCUCCUCGAUGCAUCGCAUCGUCCCAGUGACCUGGAAGCCCAGCAAGACCAAACAGGGGCAAGCUCUUCGUCUGUCCCGAUUGCCGAACGACGUGAGCAGCAGCAACAGCGCCUCUACUACAGUGCAGAGGAGUGUCCCAUCUGCCUCUCCAACUUUGCAGAGGGGGAGCAGGUGCGCCUCCUCCCUUGCUCGCACUUGUUCCACAAGGCAUGCGUGGACCCUUGGUUGAUUACCAUCAAGAAGUUCUGUCCGAGCUGCCGGAGGGAUAUUACUGUGCCCGUCCCCGAGGCGCCGAGGCCGGUGCCCGAUGCUGAAGGACAGGCUGGUGCUGAGGCUGAUGCCGGCGCAGCUGGGCAAGGGGCGGCGCCUGCAACGAUUGUGGCUGAGGAGGUGCGCGAGGAUGAGACGGCGCCUUCAGCCGUGACUCUUGCGGCUGUGGACGACGUAAACAACGAGGAGAGCGCCUCUGCUGGGCUAGAGUCGCAGAUCGACGAGGCUACGCAGAGCGACGUUCGACUUGGUGAAGGCGAGGAGUCGGCGAAGCAGAGCAGCAGCGGCGGCGGCAUUGGCCACUAGGCUGCAGCUUUGCCAAUCUUCUCGUCUGCUCGUCUAUUCCCACUCAUUCUCAUCUGCCUGUAUCUUUGUCUCUCUACUCUCACAUCCUUGUUGUAACACCGCUCCUCUUUCCCAUGCCCACGCGAGCGAGCUUCCGUAGCCUCGGUCCGACCGUCGCUGAGCACGCUCAGUCGCGCGACUCAAGUCCGGCUUG